CUCGAAAACUAUAGUUUUGACAAUGAGAUAAAAUCCACUUGUUCAUUCAGGCAGUCUCAUUUUAGAAGACAAAAUGAAGACAUUCGUAUUUUUUAUUAAGGUAUGAUCUAAAAGCUAGUUUUAGGGGAAUAAAGAUGGAAAAUAAAACAAUUUCAUUAACAUCAAAGCAAAAUAAAUGUGUCGGGAACGAGGGAAAAGGUGAUAUAGAAGAUGGGAAGAAUGAGAUGAAGGGAGAAUUAACAAAUGAAGUCAAUGAAACUGAUGAUACAACUAUACAAACUGAGAUAGGACAAGAAUGUUUAACAGCUGGAUGGACGCUAGAAGAACAGGAUUUAUUAUGUGUACUUCCGGUGAAAAAGUCUAUACAAGAAGAAUAUAAAAACCAACGAGGUUUCCUAAAAAAGUAUAGAAAACCAUUUUUGACAAAACACGCACCUGGUGCACCUACGUUAUUUGAAAGCUUGAUACCUCAGAUGAUGAGAGAUAAGAUAGAAGACAAAGGUUUAGUUCCACAUGAUGUGUAUCCGGACGGUAAUUGUUUGUUCUCUGCUAUUGUUGAUCAACUCCGUGUCCAGGGUGACUUUAGUUUCACACCACAGACACUUAGGCAGUCUGCUGUGAACUAUCUGAGGAGGUAUCCAGCAACA